AUGGCGGCAGCGAAGCCAACCAUCAAUGCGCACAUCCCGAAGACGGACAUUGUCACCCGCCAUAAGGUGAUCCGCUUCGGAACGACCAGGAAGGCUCCCACGGAGCAGGAGGCCAAGCUCUAUGCUUAUUUGCACCAGCGGGCCGACCUCAAGGUCUCCCGAGGGAGCAUCCCGGUGGGCUUCUACUCGUGCAUGUUUCUUGACGAGGGUCAGCCUUUGUAUUUGGAGACCCGAUAUGGCGGCAAUGACGAUGAGGGUGAACCUGUGGGACCUCAAUACCAGGUCAGCUGGAAAGCUGAAAAGGAGGUGAUCCCGCCCCUUGACAGCUUGAGCGACGGGUGGUACAAGGACUUAGAUGACCUAUGGAGCAACGUCCUUUCAUACUUCGAGAAGCGUGGAAUCCUGAGUGAGGAGACGCUGGAGUACUUGGAUGCGGAUCCCUUCGUCCUCUUUGGGGUUGACGAUGCACUCACACAGCAGGCGCUUUUGAAGCUGGAAAAGUUCCCGGCCCUGAUGUGUGAUGGCUCCGUACCGACACAGGACGAGUGGGCCUACUACUUGCGCAUCGAGCCCCGCGACCCACAACUGAUGUGGCUUGUGAGAGCUAUGCAAGAGACAGAGCUGCCAAAGCCCUGGACAUGCUACAAAGGUAUUGGAAGCAUCGUGUGCUACCUUCGGUCCGACAGCGGCCAGGUCACGUGGAAGCAUCCCUUUUACGACUAUUUUCGCCAGCUCCGCGAUUUCUGCCGACAAGCAUCGCGCGAUGAGGUGAUGCAGGUGCGCUGCAACCGCCUCUUGUGGAGCUACGAAGCGACUCGGGUCGAGACCGAACAUGACCAGGAGCCCCUCAUAUCGCCGCCGUAUGUCGCGCGUAUGGCCGACAUCUUCGGCUUCGACGUGAAGGUUCAAGGCUGCGUUGUGCGAAACUGCAAGGCGCAGCUCAAGGCUUUCGCCAAAGCAUACCGGACCAAGCAGGACAUCGAGGUCAGCUUGAUCCGGGAGUGCAAUGAGAUGCUGCAGCGUGAUGUUGCAAAGUACAGCGAGAUGGUGGCCCACUGGUCUGGUGAGGUCAAAGAGGACGUCAAGUUUGACCUCAACAAGUUGGCGGCUGGCGAGCUACAUUGUGUAAAUUGCAAGACCACAGCCCUCAGCUUCUGCCUUGAGUGCAAGGACUACUUGUGCUUGAAGUGCUAUGCUGACUUGCAUGGGAAAGGCUCGCGCAAAGAGCAUGCGCCUUUCUGUUUGGUACCAUGUGCUCUGUGCGUGGUACUUCCGGCCAAGAUCCACUGUACAUUCACAGACAAAUCGCUGUGCCACAAGUGCUACGCCAUGAAGCACAUCAAGAUGCUCCCUCUGGAUGGCAAAGAAAACCAGCCAAGAAGGAUCAACUAUGUGGAGCAGUACAACAGGUACGCUGAGUUUGCCAAGGAACGUGUGCAGAAAAUGGCCGUCAAGCCAGAGGAUCUGCCGGCAUUGGAUGACUCAGCAUACGAGUCAGUUCUGAGCACUGACUGGCACCCCUUCUAUGAUGCUCGUGGUGUGAGGUACUAUCAUAACUUUGCCACUGGCGAGCGCAUGCGGCAAAGUCCACGGCGUGUGCCCAACACUGACGAUGCAGGAGCUGAGGAGACCACACCAACUGCGCAGGAAGUCUCGCAGGCGCUGGCAAUUUCACAACAAGAUGCUAGUGAUAUGGCUCUGACACAAGACCCAGCGUCGAGCAGCAAGGGAUUCGCUGCCACGGCAACCUCGCUCAAGAGCACGGGGCCUCUGCCGCUCACAGGCUUUGACUCUCUCAAGUCGGAUGUCCCAGCAGCGGUCCGAGCUGCGGAAGAUCCGGAGCAUCGGACGCUCCGACCGCCACAUCGGCGCCACAUGCCGGACGAGAUCACCUGA